CUUGAGCUCAACCUCACAUAGACCUUCAAUCUCGCAUAUCAACUUAACUCACUACAUCAACUCAAACCACGAUCUCUUGCACUCUCAUCCCAGUACCUAAAACAGAUACACUCGUCAAAAUGGUCAUGAAGGAAGCAGUCAAGACGGACAAGGCUCCACCGCCAAUGCCGUUCCUCUCCCAGGCUAUCAAGUGCGGUGGUAUGGUCUACUGUUCCGGCUCAGUCGGAAUGGAUCCCACGACCAGCAAGCUUGUGGAAGGAAGUGUUGCUGAUCGUACUGAACAAUGCCUGAAGAACUUGGCCGCUGUCCUCGAAGCAGCCGGCUCAUCAAUCGACAACGCGGUCAAAGUCAACGUCUUUUUGAUCAACAUGGACAACUUUGCAGCCAUGAACAAGGUCUAUGAGAAGUUUUUCCACAAGGAUCCCAAGCCUUGCAGAACUUGUGUAGCGGUUCAUCAGUUGCCGCUUGGCACGGAUGUCGAGAUUGAGUUGACGGCACAUCAGUAAGAAUGAGAAUGAGAGUGGAGUGAGAGCGGAAGCGGUUUCGAGAUUAGGUGCUGAUUGGUAAUUAGGGGCGAGAAGGCGAAGUUGUAGGAUGGAAGGGACUCAAAAUUACGACUUUCACAAUCUAGCAACAAAUCGAUGCAUUUCUCAUGCGAAGGAGGACUUUGAGGAUUGUCGAGUAUCCGUCACGUGCUGGUGAUUUCAGUUUCAACCCCCUCUUCCAACCGAGCGUACUCUCAUCAAUG